AUGACAACGCUGGUGGAUUUGAACAACCCCUAUUCACCAUGCGAGAUAAAGAAGGUAUCGCGUAUUGGUUUCGGCGUGUUCAACCAAGACCAGAUACGGCGAGCGUCGGCGGUUGAGGUGACGGAGAGUGAGUUGUACGAGAACGGGUUGGCGAAGUCGCACGGGCUGAAUGACCCGUUGAUGGGUACUACGGAUUACCGCGUGCCGUGCGCGACGUGUAACAUGGACUUCCGGACUUGUCCAGGGCACUUCGGACACAUUGAUUUGGCGAAGCCGGUGUUCAACAUUGGAUUCCUGCCAGCGAUUUUGACAGUGUUGCGUUGCGUCUGUUAUUCAUGCGGCCGUCUGUUGGCAUCUGCGGACGAUAGUAGAUUCGUGCAGGCGUCGCGGGCUCGAAACGCACGGGCGCGGCUGGCGCGUAUUUUGGCGGUAUGCCGUACCAAGUCAUGUUGCGACCCAGGUGGCGGAGAGGGGGGUUGUGGCUCGAUGCAACCGCAAUAUCGACGAGAUAACGUGAAUAUUUUGGUCGACUUUAGCAACAGUGCAAAUGUACGUGAAGAAGACUUAGAGGGUGAUACGAAGCGCGUGUUCAGUGCUGAGGAGGUGUUACAAGUCUUCAGUAAGAUCAAACUGGAGACCAUGAAGCUCCUCGGCUUCGAUACGGAGUAUGCGCGACCCGCCUGGAUGGUCAUACAAACGCUGCUCGUCCCACCUCCAUGUGUGCGUCCCUAUGUCCAAUUCGGAAGCGACCGGUCCGAGGAUGACCUGACGCUCAAGCUUUUGGACAUUGUCAAAGUCAACCGGCAGCUACAACGUUAUGAGUCCGACGGCGUGGCGCAGCAUGUGGUACAGGAGACGGUGGCCGUGUUGCAGUUCCAUGUGGCCACUCUCAUGAAUAACGAGAUCCCCGGACUGCCCGUGGCCGUAACCAAGAGCAAAAAGCCUAUCAAGUCGCUCCGUGAGCGUCUUAAAGGCAAAGAGGGCCGGUUGCGAGGGAAUCUGAUGGGUAAAAGAGUGGACUUCUCUGCCCGUACAGUCAUUACCGGGGAUCCGAACCUCAGCCUGGACGAAGUGGGUGUGCCCCGUUCCAUUGCCAUGAACCUAACCUUCCCGGAAAUCGUGACAUCCAUGAAUAUAGAGGCGCUUCGCAAAACUGUUGCUAAUGGCCCCGCCAAUUGGCCUGGGGCCCGCUACAUUACUCGGGCAGAUGGGACACGUUUCGACCUGCGGCACUGCGCCGGCAACCCGGCAGUGAUGCAAUUAGAGGUCGGGUAUAAGGUGGAGCGACAUGUGCGUGACGGGGAUUACGUCCUCUUCAAUCGGCAGCCGUCGUUGCAUAAGAUGAGUAUCAUGGGUCACAAGGUUAAGGUAUUACCGUGGAGCACAUUCCGCUGCAAUCUGAGUGUGACCACUCCAUACAAUGCCGAUUUUGAUGGCGAUGAGAUGAAUUUGCAUUUGGCGCAGUCUCAGGAAACGCGUGCGGAAAUAAAACAAUUGUGUCUCGUACCCAAACAGAUCGUGUCGCCGCAGGGCAACAAGCCCGUUAUGGGUAUUGUGCAGGACUCACUGCUUGGACUUGCCAAGAUGACCAGUCGCGAUACUUUCAUUGACCGACCUAUAAUGAUGGGGCUUUGUCUCUGGGUUCGUGAUUGGGACGGUAUCUUACCUGCACCUGUAAUAUACAAGCCCGAAAAGCUAUGGACCGGCAAGCAAUUGAUCACCAUGAUUCUCAAGGCUGGUCAGCGUGGUGCCAAUCAUGUAACGCUCCAUCGCGACGGUGCUAUCCGUCUUAAGCAAGAUAAUGAGUAUUUAUCAGCAAACGACGGCCGCAUAAUCAUACAAGAUAGCGAGCAUGUGGCAGGCAUUAUUUGCAAAAGGACCGCGGGCACCUCCAGCGGGUCCUUGAUCCAUGUUUUAUGGCACCAGUGUGGCCCCGAGAAAACAAAGGAUUUCCUAUCUUCUACUCAGAAGGUAGUGAACAACUGGCUGGUAUCAAUUGGGUUCACUGUCGGCGUUAGCGACAUUGUCGCCGAUAGCAAGACCGUUAGUCGUGUAAAGGAAGCGCUCGAUGACAGCUACGUCAAGGUGGACGAGCUGAUUCGUUUAGCUCGUCAAGGGAAAUUGGAAACGCAACCGGGUAAGUCGCUGCUUGAGUCCUUCGAGAAUCGCGUGAACCAGGAAUUGAACCAGGCACGUGAGGCUUCCGGUAGGAUAGCAGCGGAGAACCUCACUAAUAAGAACAAUAUUAUUUCUAUGGUCAAUGCCGGCUCGAAGGGCAGCACCAUCAAUAUAUCGCAAAUCAUGGCGUGUGUGGGCCAACAGAAUGUAGAGGGCAAGCGUAUACCUUUCGGUUUCCAGGACCGGUCAUUGCCUCAUUUUUUGAGGCACGAUUACGGGCCUGAUAGUAGAGGCUUCGUCUAUAACUCCUACCUGUCCGGCUUGCUCCCGCAUGAGCUGUUUUUCCACGCUAUGGGAGGUCGCGAAGGUAUCAUUGAUACGGCCUGUAAAACCAGCGAGACCGGCUACAUUCAGCGAAGGCUCGUGAAGGCUAUGGAAGACGUGUUGGUCACCUAUGACCGCACUGUGCGAAACUCCAACGGCGAGAUUGUCCAAUUUUUGUACGGCGAGGAUGGCAUGGCAGGAGAGUACGUGGAGGACCAACUGCUCGACUUGUUGCGACUGGACUACGACAAGAUCGAGAAACGUUACAAACACAACUUUAGGGACCCCGAUUACGGCACCGGUUGGAUACCAAGCAAGGAGGUUCGCGACGACAUAAUGUACAGCAUAGAGAAACAAACCAUACUUGUGGGCGAAUGGCAACAACUGGUCCAGGGCCAUCGUCGGCUAUGCACAGAGAUCUUCUGCGACGGAGAAGCCAAACAACAUCUACCCGUUAAUAUUCCUCGACUAAUUCAAAUAGCUAAGUCGAAAUAUGGUGCUGAAGACAUGACCAAGGUGAGCCCCAUCGACAUUGUACAGGCAACGGAAAAGCUGGUGAACAAUGAUCUCAUGGUAUUCAGUCAGCACAAUAUGCUCGCGAGUAUUUACAAGGAAGCUCAGAACAAUGCUACCACGCUCUUCUCCAUUAAUUGUCGUACGAACUUGAAUUCUCGGAAGUUGAUGGAGAAAGAUAAGCUUGGUCCUCAGGCUUUGGAUUGGCUAUUUAAAGAGGUAGGGCGUCAGUUCCAACGGUCUCUUGCCCCUCCUGGUGAAGUCGUGGGGGCCUUGGCGGCACAGUCUAUUGGUGAGCCGGCUACGCAGAUGACUUUGAAUACUUUCCACUUUGCGGGUGUGGGUAGUAAGAACGUGACGUUGGGUGUGCCACGUUUGAGGGAGUUGAUUAACGUGGCCAAUGCGGUCAAGACUCCUUCCCUCACAGUUUAUCUGAAGGACCCUGCGUCGAGAGAUUCGGUGUUGGCCAAGGAAGUACAGAGUCAAUUAGAGUUCACAACGUUGGAGAAGGUCAUUGCCUCCAUGCAACUUGUCUAUGACCCAGACCCGAUGAACACGGUGGUUGCAAAAGACCAGGAGUGGGUGCGGGACUACUACGAAUUCCCUGGCGAGGAAGAGCAAGAUUUGUCUCGUCUAGGAAAUUGGGUUGUGAGGGUCCAGCUGUUGGAACGGCUGAUUACGGAAGGCCUAUCGAUGCGCGAGAUUGGGCAAAAGUUGAUUGCUGAGUUUAAAUCGGAUGACCUGGACGUGAUCUGGACAGACGACAAUCACGAAGAGCUAGUGCUACGCAUUAGAGUGAGGCGGGACCCACACAAGGUGGGCAUGGAGAAGUCUGGCGGAGACGGAGGAGACGCGGAGGACGAAGAGAGGCAGUUCCUACACGCCUUUGCACACCACGGACUGGGUGCUUUGCCGGUCCGCGGCAUCCCGAACAUCACUAAGGUCUAUAUGCGCGAAGACAAGAGUGCGCUCUUCGACUCGCAGACAGGUCGCUUCCCCAUCACGGGGGGACGGUGGGUACUGGACACUGACGGCUGCAACCUGAGUGCUGUACUGCCCGUGGAGUCGGUAGAAUUUGAGCGAACCACGUCCAACAGUAUUGUGGAGAUUUUGCAGACGCUGGGUGUGGAAGCCGCCCGGAAAAUGCUCAUGCGCGAAAUUCGAGCUGUCAUUUCCUUCGACGGCAGUUAUGUAAACUACCGACACCUGGCCAUCCUGUGCGAUGUGAUGACGCAACGCGGCGGCCUGAUGCCCAUUACCCGCAACGGUAUCAACCGUAUUGAGCGCGGGUGUGUGGCGAAGUGUUCGUUCGAAGAGACGGUCGAGAUUUUGAUGCAGGCUGCGUGCUUUGGGGAAGUAGAUUACCUCCGAGGCAUUACGGAAAACGUAAUUGUGGGCCAACUCGCCAGCUUCGGCACCGGCUGCAUGGACAUCAUUACCGACGACGCCAAGCUCAAGGACCCGGCCACGCACUUCGAGUCGAGCACGGCCGCAGGCCUUCAGCUGCAAGCAGGUGGGCAAGAAGGCUUACUGGCGCCAUCUCUGUCGCUGGGCGACUUCCCGGCUUCUCCAUUCUCGCCCUUCUCACCCACUCUCAGCAAUAUGGGCUCCCCCAUCGCUUCUCCCAGCCUCACUCAAUUCUCGCCGCUGGCCGGCAGUCCGGGGCAAAUGAGUCCUAUGCAGGUCUUCUCGCCCACCCAACAAGCCUACGCAAUUUCCUCUCCCGGCGGGCAGCCGCAGUCGCCUCUUUACGCAGCCCAGUUCUCCCCUGGCGGACAGUUCUCUCCGACAGGACAAUUCUCUCCGACUGGGCAAAACAUAGUGUCUCCGGUCUUCUCGCCCUCUGGCCAGUUCUCACCUGUCCAAGGCGGGAACUACUCCCCGACCGCGGCCUCUCCCAUGAGUCCGAUGAUGAGUCCCGGCUACGUCAUGAGUCCGACCUACUCGCCCACCUCUCCGAUGAGUCCCACCUACUCCCCCACUUCGCCGAUGAGUCCGACCUACUCCCCUACUUCGCCGAUGAGCCCCACCUACUCCCCUACUUCGCCGAUGAGUCCCACCUACUCGCCCACCUCGCCGAUGAGUCCCACCUUCUCACCGAGAUCUCCCAUGAGCCCAACCUACUCGCCUACGGCUGUGCCCUACUCUCCUACUGCAGGGCCGAUGAGUCCUCUUGGCAACUACUCGCCGAUGGCCAUGUCCCCUCUUGCCAACCCCACGUCCCCCAACUUCUCGCGGGCCGUCGCCUCGCCCGUCUACUCACCGUCUUCUCCCAUGUUCGGCAUGGGCGCCCAAAAUCCUCAGUCCCCCGGUGCGUAUUCGCCCACCGCCCAGAUCUACUCGCCCAUCGGCCUCGUGACCAGCAUGGCGCAGGAGCCGCAAAUGCCGCUCUCUCCCUCCGCCCUGCAGAGCCCCAGGUACGACCCGAUGAUGUCACCGCGCCCCAUGUCUCCGCGGCCAAACAGUUAG